AUGUCAAGCUCACAGAACACCCCCUGUGGGACCUUUGAAGCUCAGAUGCAUCGCUUCGAAACUAGACAAGCCAAAAAGCCUAAGAACUCUGCUGAUGACUUGGACAUUUUUGUUGAAUGUGAAGUUCAUAGUGCUGAUGUUAGUAUCCUUAUCACCUCCUUAAAAAGAAUAGCAGAGGAUGUGAGAACUAGCAGAGAAGCCAAAGUGUCCUACUUCCCCAGAAAAAUGCAAGAUCUGGGCAAGUGCCACUAUCUGGUCACCAAGUAUGACCCCAGUUUGGACAAUAGGCAUCCAGGCUAUACAAACCCAGAGUACAGAAAACCAAGGGCUUUCUUUGUUGACCUUUUUGUUGCCAACCUCUGUCAUUCCAGCCCUUCUCCACCUAGAAUUAGCCCCAGUGUGUCCAUGCCAGGCAAGAGUAAGAACCUCUUUGCCUGUGCAGAUGUUACACUUCAGUAUCAAGAAAAGAAAGAAGUCUACAGGAAGCUGAGCAACCUCUACCCUACUCAAGGCUGUAAGCAGUACCUGGAUACUUUCCAACGGCUGGAAAAAUACUGUGGCUUCCAAAAAGACAACAUACCUCAACUUCAGGAUGUCUCCAGAUUUUUAAAAGGCCAGUCAGGUUUCCAGCUGAGACCAGCUGCAGGACUGCUGUCUGCUUGUGACUUCCUUGGCAGCCUAUCAUUUUGUGUCUUUUAGAGUACACACUAUAUAAGGCAUUUCUCUCCUCCUAUGCAUUCCCCAGAAUCAGACUGUUGCCAUGAGUUGUUGGGUCAUGUUCCCAUGCUAGCUGUCAAGGAGUUUGCCCAGUUCUCACAGGAUAUUGGACUGGCUUCUCAUGGAUCAUCUGAAGCAGAAAUUGAGAAAUUUGCCACACUUUAUUGGUUUAUUGUGGAGUUUGGACUCUGCAAACAAAAUGGAUCCAUCAAAGCUUGGGGAGCAGGGCUGCUUUCGUCUUAUGGGAGUUUUGCAUUUAGGGGAAUGGCUUCUGAACUAGCAGAUCUGUCUCCGUUCCCCAGCAUAAACUACACAAUGAAGAUCAAAAAGCCUUUCUGUCUGCGCUACGACCUGUUCACCAGCAGCAUAGAGGUUCUGAACACACCUCAGAAAGUCCAGCGAGCACUCAGUCAAAUGAAAGAGGAACUGAAAACCCUCUCCUUGGCCCUCGAAAAAUCUCUCUUAAAACCACAGCAGUACAUCUGGCACUGA